GAUUUUCAAUCAAUUUUAGUUUCAAACUUUUCUCAACUAUGAAACUACACUUAAUAUUAUUGGCCGUUUUGGCCUUCUCGAACGUCCAUGGUAAUAAAGAUCUUCACCCAGCCGCUGGAUUAACUUUGGAGGAAUUGGUUCAAUUUUAUGGUUAUCCGAUUGAAGUUCACGAAAAUGUUGAGACAUCCGAUGGUUAUUUAUUGACUUUACACAGAAUUCCUCACGGUUUGAAUAAUGCCGAAGAAACAAAUAAGCCGGUGGUCGUUUUGAUGCAUUGCUUAAUGUGCAGCGCAGCUGUUUAUGCCACUUAUGGUCCUGAAAAUGGAUUAGCUUUUAUAUUAGCUGAUCAAGGAUACGAUGUUUGGAUGCCGAAUGCAAGGGGAACUCAAUUUUCAAAGAAACACGUUUCGUUAGACCCCGUAGAAGACGCAGCUGAAUUUUGGAAAUUUAGUUGGCAUCAAAUUGGAAGUAUUGAUCUCCCAACUUCAAUCGAUUAUAUCCAAGAACAAACCGGAGUUGAGAAAAUGUCUUACGUGGGUUAUUCUCAAGGAACAACCAGCUUUUAUGUUAUGACCUCUUCGAAACCUGAGUACAACGAUAAAUUUAAUAUCGCGAUUUCUUUGGCACCGGUCGCCUAUAUGGAAAAUGUAACUCAUAUCUUAUUCACUUAUUUAGCUGAAUACGUUGACGCUUUAGAAGUUUUAUUCAACAUGCUUGGAUGGUACGAAUUUGUUCCAAAUUAUGAGAUUUUAGGAACGAUUGUUGAAUUUUGCAACGGAAUUGGACAAGCUUUUUGUGAAAACAUCUUUUUGUUGUUAUUCGGACAAAACGCCACUCAAAUGGAAGAUAGUUGGUUCCCAGUUUUUGCAACUCAUUUACCCGCAGGGGCAUCAUCCAGACAAUUUGUCCAUUAUGGACAGGAAAUCGUUUCUGGAUUUUUCCGCAAUUAUGAUUACGGAGUUGUUGGAAAUUUAGAUGAAUAUGGAACUUCAACCCCACCAAUUUACGAUGUGACUCAAAUUACCGCUCCAACAGCUUUCUUUUAUAGCGAUAAAGACACUAAUGCUGCUGUUGUUGAUGUUGAAAAACUCUUGGGGGAACUCCCCAACGUAAUCUACACAAAAUUCAUCGUUGGAUACGGACAUACCGAUUUUGUUUUCAGCCCAACAGUCGUUGAAGAUGUUUAUAACGAUCUUGUUGUGGUACUCAACGAAGUUAAUAAUUAAUAAAAAAUCGAAAUGUU